GAGGCUUCCCUUUAUCCUUGCUCAAAUUCGUCAAGGCUGACCUUUUAUGCUGCUUCGAUGAUUUAUCACUUUUCACUGUCUUCACUGCGCCCGGCCAACUAAAAGCUACAAACUAGGUUCGGUGUGUCAAUGCUAAAUGACAUUCUAUGAGCAUCUCAGUCAGGUUGUUCGCCAACACAGAGUUUAGCUCAUUCUCGGCCUGUAUGUAAGCUAUUCUUCCCUAGGCAUUACCUUUUGGGUGAAUCUCCCUUUUUGUCAAAGUUCUGGAUGCAAGGCCCUGAGGUCACAUAUCAUUAAAAACAUUUCGCCUCGCCCACGAGAUGAGGCUGAUCGUCAGUUGGACCAUGCAAAGCUUCUGUUUUGCAUAAGUUUGGCAUAAAGAACAGAGCAGUCAUCUCUAAACUAGUGGUUUUGCACAAAUCAUAUAGGCUGCCUCGUUCACCUCACCCCCAUAUUCGACUAACCUUCUGAGCCUGACCCGGAAACCACCGGAGCACGCAAGGGUUGGCCAAUAGGGCCACUGAUGGCUUGUGGCCUUCAAUCAGUCUCCACAUGGAAAGGCCCGGGGCCCGACCUGCAGGCCUGGAGGAUAGGCUGCGCGGUCUUAUACUCUCCAACAAUGGAAACGACAAUGGUUCCUUGCCGUUUUCAUCACCGGCAAAGACCUCUAUUGACAUCCCAAGUGGGGUAGCACGGGACUCAUUACUGGAUUCCGAUGUUCAACCUUUGCCCGGUCCGCCCGAGGUUGCGGCUGCCAAGCAGCCCAAGACGGGACGAAAGCGUCUAAAUCAGGCCCAAAGGCGGGAACUCUCCGCUCAACUGUCCAUCCCCAUCGAUCCACGCCCUUUAGCAUCCAGUAAUCAGUGGGGAUCACCUCUGAGCUCCGCUGCCCAUCGGUACAAUGCGCAGCCAUACCAACACUCGCAAAGAUUUCAGUCGGGCACACUAAACCAGUUUGAUUCCAACCAUCAUGGGUCCCCGCCUAGUCAUCGCUAUAUGAAUCACCGCCAGAACCUACCGAGCAAUGGCCCUCCUGGGUUUGAGGACCAGUGGCGACCUCAGCAUGGCGGAAACUCGGAUGGAAUGCUAAGGAAUCGACACCAGCAGUACCCGAGGCCUCAGUUUGAGGCUAGCUCAGGCCAUAGAGGUUUGCACACUGGAGGUCACGGACGGCAUCCCCCCUUGACACAAGAGACUCUAGACAGCCAGGCGGCCCUUUUGAACGGGCUGUGCGAAACUAUUAUCAAGGACGCCGAGAUUUCCUUUGAAGAAAUUGCCAGAAACGAGGAGUUUCGCCUCAGGAUCGAGUACAUCUGUCGCAAAACCAUCGCGCAACAUGAGCUGCAGUAUGACCCAAACUUCAUUCCAGAGACGGUGCAGCUAAGGUGCUUUGGCAGCCUUUCCUCUGGGUUUGCUACAAAGGCCUCUGACAUGGAUCUGGGUCUUCUAUCACCGCUCUCUUGUCCUCAGCCUGACGACGGCAGUUCGCCUGUACCACGACUCUUGGAAAAGGCAUUUCUCGAAGCUGGUCUUGGAGCCAGAUUACUCACACGCACAAGGGUGCCCAUAAUAAAGCUCUGCGAGAAGCCUUCAGAGCAGCUUUAUAAGGCGCUUUGCCAGGCAAGAGUAAAAUGGGAAAGAGGAGAACCGGAAGACCACGGUGCUAGCGGCGAUGAAGCUGCCGAAGACGAAGACGAAGAUACAAGUCCUGUUGUAAUCGAGUCGCAGGAGAGUGCUGCUGUGGCAUCACCCGCAGCUGAAGUUGCUCUGGGCAACCCAGAGCUGGCGUUGGUUCCGGGAUCUGGGCUAUAUGAGGACGAACUUGCCAAAUUGAGACAAAUCGGCACGACAAGUCUCGGCAAUUACUUCAACUCGGCGAAGAAACUCCUUAGAAAGUUUGGCAAACGCGAUAUAAACAGUACCAACGCUAGCGAGCUCUCCGAUGAUGAUCUCCAAGUUGUAACAGAUGUCGCAUACGCCUUUGUGCAUGGGUUGGCCGACGAGGAGCUCAAAACCCGCCUCAACAGCAGAUAUUCUGUUUUUGCCGGAACCGAAGCAGAGCAUACUCACUACCGCGGUCUUUCAGGAAUGAUGGCCCAGAUAGAGGGUGAGCUUCUGGCAAUGGCGUGGGACAAACGAUCACUCCCGGAGAAAGACCCGCGCUUAGAGAGCGAAGCGACCAACAAGAUCAAGUAUUGGGGUGUGCUGCAGGACCAGAGGUCGUUUGGAACUGAUCCACUGGGCUUUAGUAAGGAACUAAAGCUUAUGCGGAGCAUGCUUCAAAAUAUCCCUUCACUCCAGAUCCAGACCUUGAAGCAGUUACAGAGCGAGUCGGCCCUCGAGUAUCAUCAGCGAACUGUCAAGCUUUGCAUGGAGCUUGGGGUUUACGACGUAACAAACCAAGACAACCUUCGUCUGCCGAUUGCCAUUCGCCAGUAUGCAUUAGGCAUCUGGGACCACAAGAUCCGCGACCAGGUGCUCACUUGUAUCGACAGUAUGGGGUCCAGCAGCUUGAAGGCUGUUGCACGACUACACAAGAGCCUCCAAUUGGCAGCCGACUUUGAGAAGGCUCUUUCCAAGGGCCUCUACCCAAACGAUAUCGAACUCAUAAAAACGUACAUUGGUAUUCUUCGAAGGCCAUUGCAGCGUUCCAACCCUCCUCAUCAUUACUACGACUUUGUAGUUCCCUUGACUCCUCAAGACAUGGCCACUGUCCAGGCCGUCAAAAGCCUAUCAGAUCCCUCGGCCGCGGUUCGCAAAGCUCCGCGCGAUCCUUUCGGCAACGGACUAGAGUUUCCAAAGUCUGGCGUUGGUGUUCAAUGCGACAUCAACUUCUCGGCACACCUCGCCCUACAAAACACGCUGCUUCUUCGAUGCUACUCUUAUGUAGACCCCCGAGUGCGGCCCAUGGUACUAUUUGUCAAGCAUUGGGCAAAAGCCCGUGGCAUAAAUACCCCGUAUAGGGGAACUCUGAGCAGCUACGGCUACGUUCUCAUGGUGCUGCACUAUCUGGUGAAUGUUGCACAACCUUUUGUCUGCCCCAAUCUACAGCAAUUGGCAAGGCCACCGAACCCGCAUAUGACCCCAGCAGAGAUGGAGGCAACACAAUUUUGCAAGGGUAAAGAUGUGCGUUUUUGGAGAGAUGAAGAGGAGAUAAAGGGCCUAGCGAGUCAAAAUCUACUCACGCAAAAUCGAGACUCAGUUGGGCACUUGCUGCGCGGCUUCUUUGAGUACUACGCGCAUCCAGGUGCUUUAAGUAUAGGGCAAGGUCACGGAUUUGAAUGGGGGCGUGAAGUCCUGAGCCUGCGAACGCCGGGCGGACUCUUGACAAAGCAAGAAAAGGGUUGGACUGGAGCCAAGACCGUCAUUGUGCGACAGCCAAGUACACCCGCCAGUGCUCCUGCGACGCUUUUUGAGCCUUCGGGUCAACUUGCUACCUCACCGCGCUCUACCGGUCCACUUCGACAGGCCGCCAGCACGGAAACGAAGGAGGUUCGCAAUCGCUAUCUCUUUGCAAUCGAGGACCCGUUCGAGACUGAUCACAACGUUGCGCGAACGGUGACGCAUAACGGAAUCGUCGGCAUCCGCGACGAGUUCAGACUGGCGUGGCGCAUCAUACGGGGCGUUAGCAAGGCAACCUCUCCCAGCGAGAAUCUGUUACAGCAUAUCGAGACGGAUCGCGACAACGAGGUCACUAGCCACUUGAGUGAACUUGUAGAUGAGAUUCACGGUGUUGGGCGCAAGGGUAUUUCCUGAGGGACGAGCAAACGGAAGGCGUUGUAUUUGUGUACCAGGUGACGAUGAGGGGACAUUGUUCAUCACCGAAUGCUACGCUACAGUGUGGUUUGUAUGGAAAUAUGUAUGGUUUUCCAGGUUCACUGGUCAAGCCAGCACCUAUCUUUUGUAUGGCUUGGAUAAUGUUGGAAAUUGGGGGGGGGGGGUGGUUUUGUAAAUAGGGGUCUUGGGUCUUAUAAUACGUGUGGUGGCGACCGAAUUUGUCAACAACAGAUGUUAUCAUCUGCCUGAGCUUCCAAACACUACUUUUGUUUCCAUUCUUUGUUUGUUUGUUUUGGUAAAGGAUAUAAAGAUACUGUUUGGUGACUUCGGGGACAACCAGGCGAGGGAGGUCAAGUCGAGCAAUUUUUUCAACGCGUCAAACUUUGAGGGUGCAUGUUCUCCUUUUGUUGCCUCUCGUCAACAUGGCAACACUGCAACCGGAUAGCAUAAUAUUUAUAUUUAUGCUUGGUCAGUAAACCUAGUUUUAAUGCGUCAACAAGCUAACUGUAGCUGAUCUAGGAAGAUUUAAAAGCAGAACACCCCAAGACCUGCGAAUCACUUACC